UUGCACUUCUUUCAUCUUGGGACCAGAGCACUUGAGGGUGGGCGAUUUCCUGGGGGGAGUGGCUUAAGCCUCUUCUCCACCGGCCAGUUGGCUGUAGACGGUCCAUGCUCAAUGGUCCACUACAGAUACGAAGCCAGUUCUGGAGUGAGAGUAGCGCUCGGCUGGCGACGCUGCCGCAGGGUGACUUAAAUGUCCCAAGCUGGAAGCUGGAGGAAGAAGUGGACGCCCCCAGGGCUCUGGGCCACCCUCGAGGAUGACGUCUCGGGAGCAGCUGGUACACCAGGUGCUUCAGGAGCUGCAGGAGGCCGUGGAGUCCGAGGGCCUGGAGGGUCUCGUGGGUGCUGCUCUGGAGGCCAAGCAAGUCCUGUCGUCCUUCACCCUCCCCACGUGCCGAGAGGGGGGUUCCGGCCCCCAGGUGCUGGAGGUGGACUCCGUGGCGCUGAGCCUGUACCCGGAGGACGCUCCCCGGAACAUGCUGCCGCUGGUGUGCAGAGGCGAGGGCAGCCUGCUGUUCGAGGCCGCCAGCGUGCUGCUGUGGGGCGAUGCCGGCUUCAGCCUGGAGCUGCGGGCCCGCACGGUGGUGGAGAUGCUGCUGCACCGGCAUUACUACCUCCAGGGCAUGAUCGACUCCAAGGUGAUGCUGCAAGCCGUGCGCUACUCCCUGCGCUCUGAGGAAUCCCCCGAGAUGACCAGCCUGCCAUCCGCCACGCUGGAGGCCAUCUUCGACGCGGAUGUCAAGGCCACCUGCUUCCCCAACAGCUUCUCCAACGUGUGGCACUUGUACGCCCUCGCCUCCGUCCUGCGGCGCAACAUCUACUCCAUCUACCCCAUGCGAAACCUCAAGAUCCGGCCCUACUUUAACCGCGUCAUCCGGCCCCGCCGCUGCGACCACGUGCCCGCCACGCUGCACAUCAUGUGGGCCGGCCAGCCCCUCACCAGCCACCUCUUCCGCCACCAGUACUUUGCCCCCGUGGUGGGGCUGGAGGAGGUGGAGGCCGAAAGUGACCCCGGCCUGCCCCCCGCGCCUCCAGCCCUGGCCCCGCUGCCGCCACCCGCCAAGACCCUGGCGCUGCUCAACCAGGAGCCCGGCCUCAGCUACUCCCACCUCUGUGAGCGCUAUAGCGUCACCAAGAGCACCUUCUACCGCUGGCGGCGGCAGUCCCAGGAGCACCGGCAGAAGGUGGCCACGCGCUUCUCCGCCAAGCACUUCCUGCAGGACAGCUUCCACCGCGGGGGCGUCGUGCCGCUGCAGCAGUUCCUCCAGAGGUUCCCCGAGAUCUCCCGCUCCACCUAUUACGCCUGGAAGCAAGAGCUCCUGGGCUCUGGCACUUGCCAGGCCCUGGCCCCCAAGGAGGUGCAGGUGCUGGAGGAGCUGGAGAAGCUGCCGGACGAGCAGAUCGCCAAGGGGCUGGGAUGCUCGUCGCUGGCCGUGUCGAGCCCUGGCAUGAUCUUAAUGCAGCGGGCCAAGUUGUACCUGGAGCACUGCAUCUCCCUGAACACGCUGGUACCCUAUCGCUGCUUCAAACGCAGGUUCCCCGGCAUCUCGCGGUCCACCUACUACAACUGGCGCCGGAAGGCCCUCCGAAGGAACCCCGGCUUCAAGCCGGCGCCGGCCCUCUCCACGGCCGGGGCUCCCCAGCCAGCGUCUGUUCCGGAGGAGGCCCUGCUCCCUUGGAAGGGUGAGGUGGGAGAGGGGCCGGGCCAAGCGACUGCGGGGGGACCGCCCGCCCCCCGUGAGCUCCUGCCCCCAAAGGUGCCCCUGUCCCGUUGGCAGAGGCGUCUGCGCAGGGCUGCCCGCAAGCAGGUGCUGAGCGGGCACCUCCCUUUCUGUCGCUUCCGCCUCCGCUACCCCAGCCUGUCGCCCUCUACCUUCUGGGUCUGGAAGAGUCUUGCGCGGAGUUGGCCCAGAAGCCUGUCCAAAUUCCAGAUGCAGGCCCCCAGCUUGGGCAGAGAAGGGAUGGAAGCUGAGGAGAAGCAGGAGAAAGAAGCCUGCAGGGAUGUGACCGCUGUGACGGCCCCUCCUGUGGGAGACCCCCCGCGGGUGGGGUCUUCUCCAGGAGAGGAUCCGGGGAAAGCCCAGGGAGGGCCUUUCAGAGAGGGGGCCGCGGCCCAGGGCCGGCCCCACGGCAGCCUCCCUGUGACCGAGGCGGCAGUGGGCGGCAGGGACGGCCAAGUGCUGGUGAUGGACAUGCUCGCCACCACAAAGUUCAAGGCCCAGGCCAAGCUGUUCUUGCAGAAACGCUUCCAGUCUAAGAGUUUCCCCUCCUUCAAGGAGUUCAGCGCCCUCUUUCCCCUCACUGCCCGCUCUACCUACUACAUGUGGAAGCGGGCACUCUAUGAUGGCCUCACGCUGGUUGAUGGCUGACAAGGAGGUGUGAAGGGGGCUGGGAGGAGAGGGGACCCGUUUGCAGAGGGUCAGGGACCUAAGUUGACGCCUGGCUUGGCCAGGAUGCCCUUUGCUCUGGCUCCCACAGUGUCUGCCUUGACUCCAAGGGCAGCUUUGCGUUGUUUCUUGGCUCUACGGCAGACAGGGCCCGAAAUCAGCCCUCUGGUCUCCUGUGGAGAGCUACAAGACCAGAAACGUUCUCCAUUUCAGUUGUUUGCCAUUCUUGCUUUUUAUUGUUGUCUUGGUUUUAGUUUUUUUUUUGUUUGUUUGUUUUGAUUUAAGUGGAUUGGCUGGGCCCCCUGGCUGGUGUUGGAAACUGUAUGUUUGGGGUGGGGGUUUGGUUAGCUAAAGAUGCUUUCAGCUCUUCCUGGGGACGGAAGAAGUAUUGUAACAUGGCGAUCUGUCCCAUUAAGCAGAAUGUGGGUCUUCAGUUUCUUUUGGGGGUUGGCACCCUCCUUACUCAAAGCUGUUUCCCAAAGGAACAUUAGAAAUCAAAUGUGGAGCAGGUCAGUGGCUUCUCUCUGGUGCCCCCAAAGGAGAGGGUGCCGGGCUCAGCAUGAGACGUGAGGGCAUACAGGGAGAACCUCUAGGGGAAGGCCCUGAACUGGAUCACGGAGGUGCUGGCCUGUCCCUUGCAAGGAGUGUGGUAAGGGGCUGGGGGAGGUGGCUUCGAGUCUCUGCUGGUGCUUGGCCCGUCUGCUGUGGACGCUUCAGGCCUCUGCCAGCCUGGUUGGCUCUUGGGGACCCUUGUCUUUCUGUCGAGUCCCUCCUCAGAGCCUGUGCCCCAUCAGUGAGAGACCAUACGGUGGCCAGGCAGGCGAGUAACUGAAUUUGCAUUGUCCAAGAGUCGAGUUGGAAAACCAAAGAAAUAAAGU